AUGCAUGUUAUACUUAGGAUCACACGUUUGGAUAUACCUUUCCAUGUCAUACCAACGAUCACACGCCUGAAGAGCUCAUCCAUGUUCUGGACACGUCUUCGGCUGCCGGACCGAAUGCUGCUAAUUACUGGCUUCCAGCUGCUCCUCUGUACGAUGGUUGGUUGCUGGCAUGACCUGGAUAACACGGAGUUUGACUGCUGGCCGGAGGAGCAGCCAAACGAGCAAAACAUGAUCGACUGCAUGGGUCUUGAGAUGACUUGGAUCGAUCGCCCCCCUGAGAAGGUCGCCACCGGCCAGGAGUUUAACGUCACCUACUCGGUCUCCGUUCCCGACAGUUUCUACCAGAAAGCCGUCCGGCAAAAAGUCUUAGAAUUUAGUCCCGUGUAUUUUCACCGCAGCAAUGCCAGCGUGGCCAAACAUUUCUGUGAGCAGGUGGAAUGCCCGUCAGAUUGGAAAUACGCCACGGCAGAGAACUGCUGCAUUUAUCACGCCAACAUACACUCCUGCCCGCUGGCGUUCAUGACGCAACGUGGGAUCUGUGGCCCGUGGAUCCCGGAUGAUGGGAAGAUUGUGACGCACACGGUUUCCCAGGCCGGCAAAAUGACUCAAGGAAACUGGACGUCGAAGGUGGUUCUGGUAAAUUUGGGUGUAACCUCCCUAAUUGCUCACAUCAAGGUCGGCCGUAUGCACGCAGCCUUAGAGGCCAAAUCCACUGUCCUCAGCGGCAAAGUUUGUGGCGAUGGCGUCUGCACCACCAGCGAGAGCUGCGCUCUGUGUCCAGCCGACUGCGGUCCAUGUCCAAUGGCAAUGUCUGUGAAGGUCUCCAUCGGACUUCCCCUCGCGCUGAUCUGCUGCGGAUUUAUAUCCGUCAUCGUGUGGUUCCAGUACCAGAAACAGAAGAUGCUUUGGGAUGAGAGCUGGAUCCUUGAUGUGAAGGAGUUACCCGGGGACACGUUCUGGAGCGAGCUCGGGAGCAGCCUUAGUCUGAAGCAGAAUAAUAACUCGUUGAUGCCGAGUCACCGGGAGGAGAGACCGUCCAACAUGGUGUUUAUAUGCGAGUCGGCCACACAGAGCUUCAUCCAAACCGGAAUCUACGACGGGCGAAUCGUCGCUGUGAAGAGAAUAUAUAAGAACAAUUUCACUAUUUCCAAAGUGAUCAGAAGGGAAGUUCAGCAGGUCCGGAAACUGGACCACCAGAACAUUUCUAAAUUCUUUGGAGGCUCAGUGGAAGGAAACAUUUUCAUAGUUACAGAAUAUUGCCCCAAAGGGAGUUUGGCUGAUGUCCUCUUGAAUGAUGAUGUCCCUUUAAACUGGGGGUUUCGAUUAUCUUUUGCUACAGACAUUGCUCGGGGGAUGGCGUACCUUCACCACCAUAAGAUCUACCAUGGUCGACUGACCUCAUACAACUGUGUCAUAGACGACCGUUGGGUUUGCAAAAUCUCUGAUCACGGGCUGAUGAUUUACAGAAAAGAUGAGCUCAAGGAACUUAUAGAGAAAAAACCAGCGCGCCUCUACUGCCCUCCGGAGGCCAACCUCAGCAACAGCACCUGUGGGACCCCAACACCUGCAGCCGACGUUUACAGCUAUGCCAUUAUCCUCGUCGAAAUCGCUGGCAGAUGUGAUCCUUUUCUGUUGUCAUCUCUUCCCCAGUUACAGCCAGGAGAUGCUUUCCUUAAUGAUGUGUCCUGGAGACCACCCAUCCCCGACCUGGGCUCAGGAAAACACGACCACGAUUGCCCGGAUCCGGCGGAUUAUUCCGAGUUAAUUAAACGAUGUUGGUCCCAUAAUCCGAUGGCGCGGCCCCCAUUUGAGCAAAUAAAGAAGAUCCUGGACAAGAUGAAUCCUCACAAAGUGAGCCCUGUGGACAUGAUGAUGACUCUGAUGGAGAAGUACAGCAAACACCUGGAGACCAUCGUGGCGGAAAGAACACAAGAUCUGUUACAAGAAAAGCAAAAGACUGAUCGGCUUCUGUACAGCAUGCUCCCAAAACCUGUCGCUGACGACCUGCGCCAAGGGCUGACCUGUGAAGCGCAAAGCUAUGCAAACGCCACUAUCUACUUCAGUGACAUUGUGGGAUUCACCUCUCUGUCGGGGGCCAGCACGCCCCACCAGGUGGUCAAUUUUCUUAACAAGCUGUAUACUCAGUUUGAUGAUAUUAUCGACAAUUAUGAUGUUUACAAGGUGGAGACCAUAGGAGACGCAUACAUGGUUGUAUCCGGUGUCCCCAAAGAGAAUGGCAUAAACCACGCGGCUGAGAUUGCCAGCAUGGCGCUUGACAUGGUUGCGGUUUGCCAAAGCUUUCAGAUUCCACACAUACCAGACACUAAACUGAAGAUCCGAGCUGGUAUUCACUCAGGUCCAGUUGUCGCUGGGGUUGUUGGGACUAAAAUGCCGCGUUACUGUUUGUUUGGAGAUACCGUGAACACAGCUUCAAGAAUGGAGUCAAACAGCGAAGCCUUAAAAAUCCAGUGUAGUUCCAGCACCGCCGACCUGCUCCAGGAGUUUGGUGGCUUUGUCCUCAGCUGCCGGGGGACACUGGAUGUUAAGGGUAAAGGUACCAUGGUAACCUGGUGGCUGGAAGGAAAGGCCCACAAAAGAAAUGUGAAGAUUUAACAUGAAAUGAGUGUUUGGGGCCAUCUGUUAAACCAGCGCGGCUCCUACAUCGUUAUAUAUUAACUGAAUAGGUAGAGAUUAAAACAUAGUUUCUAUUAGAUAAUGCCUAAAAA